GGUAUCUCUCUCUCUCUCUUUCUUGUCUUUCUCUCUCUUCCCUUUCUCGGCCAUGCCCCCAACCUCUAAACUCUCCAUCGUCUCUUCAUCCAUUUCUGUCAUCAAUCCUUAUAAAUGGGUGCGCAGGUUACCUGCCACUCUUUCCCCUUCUGCCGCACCUCGAAACCCUAGGUUGUCUCUUCUUCAAUCUUCCGUUAAAGUUCAUACUUUUAGGAUUUCACAGGUCAAGUUUAACAUUAUAAUGCCGUCUACAAAACUCCCCCCCCUUCCGGCGCAGGAUAAUAAGCUCGUCGGAGGAUUAGAUUUUCGCGGUCAGAGGUGUCUCCAUAAAGACCAUAAUUCCGAUGCGCGUGGAGGGGGCGUGGUCGAUGAGAUUGGGACAACAACGGAUAACCACCCGUCGGAUCGCUCUCCUCAUCACUCCGAGAAAUUGCUUACGUUGCCUACUAUGCUCACUAUUGCUCGUGUAGCUGCCGUUCCUGUCCUAAUUAGCACUUUUUAUGUGAAUAGUGGGUGGGGGCCUAAUGCCACGACCAGUAUUUUUGUUGCUGCUGCAGCUACAGACUGGCUUGACGGUUAUAUUGCUAGAAAGCUGAAUUUAAAGAGUACAUUUGGUGCUUUUCUAGAUCCUGUUGCUGACAAGCUUAUGGUUGCUGCCACUUUGGUCUUGUUGUGCACCAGACCAUUAGAAGUUGCUGCUUUUGGAAACGUUCCAUGGUUGUUGGCUGUUCCAUCCAUUGCAAUAAUUGGAAGAGAGAUUACUAUGUCUGCUGUAAGGGAAUGGGCUGCUUCUCAAAAUAGUAAACUUGGAGAGGCCGUGGCUGUGAAUAAUUUGGGGAAAUGGAAAACAGCCACACAGAUGAUUGCUCUAACUAUCCUUCUGGCUACUAGAGACAGCAGCCUUACAGGGUUGGACUCGGUGGUAGCUUCUGGGGUGGUUUUGCUUUAUGUAUCGGCAGGUCUUGCUGUAUGGUCCUUAGUAGUGUACAUGAGGAAGAUAUUGAAAGUAUUGCUCAAGUAGAGUAUAUAAUAAUAAUAUAUGCAAUAUAGUAAGUACUGUGCUCUUUGGCAUCUAAGCUGUCUGUUCGUGCAGUGUUUCUAACUUUUUCAUGAACAAUCCACAAAAUUUAAACCCAGCACUGAGGAGACACUUUGAUGGCUAAAUCAUCCCACAUUUGUUGGUGGUAUUACUAUAUCAAGGCUCAACUUUGAACAAGAGAGGGAUUAACAUUUUUCUAUUAUUACUUUUUUCUUUUUUUACAUUGAAUCUUGAGGAGAAUUUAGGCUUUUAUUAUUGGCUGAAAGUAAAGUAUAAUGUGAAAGUAUCACUUAUUUUUAUGAUAAUAAUUAUGUAAUUAUAAGCUCUUGCUAUAUUUGUUUA